AUGGAAAAGUGCAAGGCAUUUCGGAUUCAGCAAGAAGAGAAAAAAGAACUUGCUGAACUGGACGCUGGAAAUAUCUUGACGGAGGGAAGGUUACGAAACAGAAAUAAACAGAGUUCUUUCCACGAGCAGAUGAUCGCUACUUCGCAAGCGGAGGAGGUGCAGUCGGAUGAGCAAUCUUCCGGCGACAGCCACAGCGGUGCUGAUUGCAGGAAAUUAUUUUCUCGUUUGCAGGACAUUGUAGAUAGCGGCGAAUCUGAUUAA